GCUAGCAUCCCCAAGGUCUUUCUCUAUGAUUCCGACCCAGAAUCCAUGCCAGGACGACCCGGGGUGACCACCAUGGGAUCAGGCCCACGGUCGGGGAUGAUGACCAGACCUCCUACGCCGCAGGGAAGACUGGCGCAGGCUGCUCGUACCCGAGGUCAGGCUAAAGCCGGUGCCAGCCAAGAGCCUCCUCGGAAAGAACCUGAACCAAAGAAGAGAAAGGAAGUCGUAGAAGUGGAAGAUGAUGAUGAAGAAGAAGAAGAGGAUGAGAGACUGUGCCAAGAAGAGGACCAGAGAGCGGAGCAAAGGGCCAGGAAGAAAGAAGUUAGGGAGGAGGUCGAACCCAUCAUGCGUGAUGUACCGCCCAAGAAGAAGAAGUAUGUGGUCCGGCUGGAAGAAGGGUUCGACGUAGACAAGAUGAUUGAUAGGUUGUUGGAGGGUCACAAUGACCUUAUGACCCUGAAGAAGAUCUUGGCAUCGACCCCUAAGCUCCGUGAUGGACUGAAAGGGAGGUUGUCACGGCGCUUGGUGCUCAGCGUCCAUCUAAGUAUGAUCCUUCCCAAGGAAACGGAGUGGGCAGAGACAGGGACAAAGAUGGACUGGAAGUGCGUAGCCCGUGGAACAGUGGAUCUUGUGGUAAAAGGUUCAAAGUGCUCAACCAUGGUAGAUAUGAGAGCCGAAAUGAACAUUAUCCGAGAAGCGGACGCGGUCAGGUUCGGAUUGGAGAUAGACCGCUCGGAUUGUGGUGUCCUGCAUGGAGCCAACUGUAAAGCGGUGUUUUGCGGGACUGCCUCGAAUGUACUUAUCGAGGUUGAAAGAGUAAAGGCCAUGGCAUGCUUCUUCGUUAUGCCUGACGUGGAUCACGGGAUUCUCUUAGGAAGGUCUUUCUUAUGCAGGACGGAGACAUUGAUGUCUGACUUUACGAAGAUAGCCAUGCCAAGAGGAGGGAGGGGGACACGGCCGUCACGAAGGCCGUUGGGAGCAUCAAGAGGGUACGAGCGGCAUGGGUCUCACCACCGAGAGAGUACGCCGGUGUACGACAAUGGGGAUAUUGAGUUGUUCCUGGACAAGUUCUGGGGGUAUGCAGAUCAUAUGGGCUGGACUAUGACCCAGGAGAUGGAGAGGCUGAGAGGGGCCAACAGGUUCGCGAAGCCCAUUGCACAAAUUCGUAGGGAGGCAACGACGAGGCCAAAGGUGGAGACAAGGAUGCAGGAGCUACGACCAUCACCUGUGGGACCUGACGGCAGACCGAUCCGCCUGGAAAUUGAGAAUGCAGAGGAGUUCAUUCCCGCCUUCGAGCAGUUCAUGCAUGGUCAGGGUAUAUUGAGGGAUGAAUGGGCGAGAACAUUGCCCCUAUGGACGAGGAAGGCGGAAAGACCCUUGACCAGGCAAAUGAGGGACAUGGCUCGGGAUUGGGAGAGCUGCAGGACGCACUUGAGAGAGGCAUUCCGGCGGCCAGAGCCACCUCAGCCCAGAGUCGAGAGACGCGAGAGGAGCACGAGGCAGAGGGACCCUGAACCCAGCGAGGCCAGGCCAUCUCGAGGGGGACGGAAGGCACUCGCCAGGCGAGAGGAGGAGUCAGUGCCUGCGACAAAGGGGCGAGGGGCAUAUCCUGAGUGCGGGUUGGGACCGGUGGGGUUCCAUCGCUUUACUGAGGGUGGACUGGGAGGAUCUCCACAACGCACACGAGAGGAGAUGCCAACCUCUGGAGAGCCUCUGUUGAGAGGGACCAUAACGAGCGAGGAGAUGCRGAGGAGGGAGAGAAUGAGGGAUGCUGCAAUCAUAGAACUCGGGGGGGUGGUUCACGGUGCUGACGGAGGACGGAACAGUUCUUCGGAAGGGGACGAGCUURCCCAGGAUGAUGACACGCCUGCACCCRUUGCCRCCRCUGCUGGUCCUUCUAAACUGCGGCAGACAAAAAUCAUCGAUAGCGCAGCGGUGGUGACGGCGAACGAGGAAGUCCAGCGCUCCAUAGAUGAUUGGAUGACARCAGAAUGCAUCCCAUUCAACAUGAUGYGGAGCCGGUAUUGGGACAGGAUGGUUCAGAAGCUGAAGAAUGCGCCUCCCUCGUUCCAAUAUGCCAAGUACGACAAAGCAAGGACUGAAAGAGUUGACGUCACGCGAACGAGGGUGUCCGCGCGGGUUGACCGGCUGAAGCAAGAGUGGCCCACCACCGSCUGUAUGCUUCAACUUGAUGGGUGGACUGAUAGGCGGUSAAGAUCACACMUGAAUGUCAUGGUUUCGUUCCCGAAAGGCGCCAUCUUCUGGCGCAGUGUGUGCAUGCAGCGGCGUGAUAAAGGCGCAGCAGCGUACUUCGCAAUUCUAUCGAGGGCUAUCCGCGAGGUGUGGGAGGACGCAGUGGUAGGGGUUGUUAUGGACAAUGCGGCUGUGUGCGCAGCUGCUGGCUGGAUGGUAGAGUCAGAGUUCGAACAUAUUAUUUUCGUGCCAUGCACAAUGCACAACAUUGAUUUAAUGUUCGAGGCGUUCGGCAAGAUCGGCUGGGUGGAUGUGUUGCUUAAGAGAGCGGUAGAAGUCACAAAGUUCUUCAUGAACCACUCGAAAGUGCGUGACUUGCUGCUGGUGUACUCCGAAGGAGAUGAUCUUUUGAGGCCGGGUGCAACCCGGUUUGCUACAAACUUCAUCAUGUUGGAAAGUCUCCAAAAAUUGUACCUACCGCUACGGUCGUGCAUCACGGAUGACGAUUGGAAGGAGACCAUUGUCCUCCCCUCACAGCGCCGGUUGUUUCACACUUCGACGAACGAGGUGGUCGAUAACGGGUCUUGGGCUGGUGUGCAAAAGGUGAAGGAGACAUCCAACGAUUUGCUGCCCCCGUUGAAGUUUACAGAUGGUGCAGGACCUAGGAUCAGAGAAGUAUUGGACAAGGAUACGGAGGUGAUGGAUGGAUUCUGGACGUGGAUGUACUCAUGGGCGAAGCCAGAGUCAUACAAGGUGUUGGACGAGGAGGUGAACAAUUGGAUUGAGGGAACAGGGAAGUUUAACUCCGAGGAGGCGGUUGCAAGUGCACGUGGUGCCCAGCCUGUGAGGUGGUGGAGGAGAUGGUGCGCCGAAUUACCCACCCUGCAGCGGCAAGCAAUUAGUUUGUUGGGACAAGGGACCUCUGCAUCCAGUUGUGAGAGGAACUGGAGCCUCUUCGAGAAGAUACACUCCAGACUGCACAACAAGUUGGGUGCUGGCCAGCUAAGCAAGCUCGUGUACAAUAGAUGGAACCAGUUCCUCUUGGACAGCUUGGAGGGCAAGUCCAACGGAGUUGACGACGAGCUUGCAUGGGGGAAGGAGAGAAAGCUCACAAGAAAAGAAUUGUGCAAAGAGGCGAAGGCCCGAGUGGAGGAGUGGAGAGCCAGGUUGCAUCGCGACUUGGAGGAGGAGGAGGAGUCAGAUGAUGAUGACACCGACGACGACAGUGAUCCAGACUGUAGGAGCGAUGAUGGCAAUGAUGUUGAUGAUGAAGGGCGGCACCAUGGACACAUGUCACAACAGCGAGCUUCGUCGAACUUGUUGGAGCUUGAAAGGGUCAUCAAUGCGGAGCAGCAGUCUUGGAGGAAGUGCACACCACCCUCCAAGAAUCUAGCUCGCCUUCAUCUGGCUGCGUCUCAGCGUGGUGUGAAGAACAUCACAGACGAAACUGCUGAGAAGUACACGAGCGCCCAGGCCCGUGCAUGCGCUCCGCUUGCAAAGCCUCCAAGCAAGAGAGGGUCAGGGCGACCGCGAAAGGUGCAGCGGGCAAACAACACACCGGGAGAUGAGGAGGAGGGGGUUGAAGGUGUAGAAUCUGUAGAUCCUGCAGAAGCAUCCAAGCGUGCAUCCGCAUCCACGCACCCGAGUGAUGCGGAUGCAGAGGAGAAGGAGAAAAGUGCAGAUUCGUCCACUGACUGUGCUUCGGAAUCAGAGCCACUGGCCAAAAGGUCAAAAGGCAUAGGCCAAUAGGCGCAGAGCGCCACACACACACACACACACACACACACACACACACACACACACACACACACACAGAGAGAGAGAGAGAGAAUGUCAUGAAGGUCACGCACGUUGAACUUUGGUCUUCCAAGUUUGGAGUUC